UGAAAGAUCAUGUUCUCGAAAGAAAGAUAUAUAAAUGAACGCAUCGACGUCGAAUUUUUAUCUCCCAGCAAGAGCAUCCAACAGAGCGUAACAGUUUUCGGUUUUGGAGAAGCGAAACAGGAUUAACAAUGCUGCGUUUAGUUCUACUAGCAGUUUUUCUGCAAAUGAGCGAAUGCAUUUUAACAUCAGAUGGACUAACUCAACCCCCAGCCCCAGGUCAACUGCAAGGAAAUUCCACGACAUCAAAAGAGGAAAUCUCGGCCUUUCAAGCGAUCGAACAGGCCAACAAUGCCGUUGGAAACUUACGAAUGAAUGACAGAAGCGGACUUUUCUUACACGAGGGAGAUAUCGAGCUAACAGGCUGGCAACGGAAAGUUAUUAAAAAGCAGAACUCAGGCGGGCGACAGAGGCGCGGUGCUAUGAGAAGUCUUUCUCGGCGGUGGAUGGAUCCGAACGGUCGUCCUUUGAUUCCCUACUACAUCGAAGGCAGUGUGGCACAUGCCCGCGGUGUCAUAGAUCAAGCCAUGAGGCAUUGGAUGAGUAAAGUUCCUUGCCUGAGGUUCGUUCGAAGAACAACUCAUCGUAACUACAUCAGCUUCUUUUCUGGAGGAGGCUGCUACUCCAUGGUGGGGCGAGUUGGAGGAGGACAAAAGAUUUCCAUUGGACGGGGCUGUAAUCACAUUGGCGUGGUCGUUCACGAAAUUGGUCAUGCUCUCGGGUUCUGGCACGAGCAAUCCCGUCCCGAUAGGGAUCGUUACAUCAACAUUCACUGGAACAACAUUCCAAGUGGAGUCCGCUCCCAAUUCUCGAAGAUGUCAACGAGCUCCAUCAACUCGCGCGGAAUCUCGUAUGAUUACGACAGCGUAAUGCAUUACCACUCUACUGCGUUUGGCAAUGGACGCAUAACUAUCACACGAAAAGAUGGAAGCACCAAGCUGGGAAAUACUCGAGGUUUGAGUGCCAAGGAUGUUCAACAAGCAAACUUGAUGUACUGCAACGGACAACCCACAAACCGACCAGUAACUGCAAGACCACCCACAGGUUGUCGAUACAGAGACAAUAAUUCCAAUUGUCCAGCUUGGAAAUCCAGGGGUUACUGCACGCACACAUAUCGGGCGUAUAUGAGACUAAACUGCCAAAAAAGUUGCUUCUGCGGAACAAACACAAACUGCCGCAACCUUCAUCGAAACUGCCCAGUAUGGAGGCAAAGAGGAUUCUGUCGGCGAAACUCGCAGUACUACACCUACAUGUCAACUAAUUGUAAACAGUCAUGUGGCUUAUGCUAAACCAGCUAAGUUUGCGGUGCAAGAAUUGUAUCAUAAAUAAGUAUUUUUUUAAAAGAAAAGAAUGUUGAAUCACUCGAAGCAAUUUUUUUCUUAUCAUAAGUUUUUCUGUGCAUUAAAUAAAAAUUUAACUCUUUUACAUGACCUAGUUUCUUUUCAUUUUGUCCUUUCCAAGAGAGAAGUAAUAGUCAAUAGAUAUUUGUGAAUUGUUAACGCUGCAAAGAUGAGGUCAUAUGGUAGAUGCAGAACAUGAAAAUGACACUUUGGUUUAUUUGUCUAGAAAUAUAUAUAUAUAUUUUUAAAUAAACAGACUAGGAGAAGUCGUGGCUGUGAAAAAGUGCUCGAUGCAGGUUGCAGAGCGUUUCAAUAGCGGUUAUAAAUUAAUGACAGGAAGAUCGUUUCACCGUUACUCUGAGUUUCACGCAGCUUGCGCUGCAAUC